UCGCAGGCGCGCGUCGCUGAGACCGACAACGCGGCCACGACCGCUCUCUCUCCGAAGUAUUUAUUGUUGCUCUGAAGAUAUUUUGGCUUCCACCGCUCAUCAAGUGCCAGAGCUAUUGGCGCAGCAAGUUUUCUGCCUUGGAGAAGAUUUCUUGAGAAGGGUACAAAAUGGGGGACACACAAUACAGUUACGGCAGUGGCGCUGGUGCUGGUAGCUAUGGUAGUUAUGGUGGUGCUCCUAAUACCGCCUCACCUCCGGCCCCAGCAUUCCCCCACAACAGCCAAACUACGGGGCAUACUCUACCCCUCCUCCACAAGGCUUCUCGCAGGGACAAGCUCCUUACGCAGCACCCCCUUCAUACAGUGCCCACCUCCACAAGGUGGGUACGGACAUCCGCCGCCAACUCAGGCUCCAGUUCAGUCAGCACCAGGUGGUGGAGGGUACAGCAGUUAUGAACAAAACAGUACCUACGGCUCUGGAAGCUAUGGACAGACACCUGCAAGCACUGCAUAUGGUAGUCAACCCAAUGCUAACUUCUCAACUCCUCCUGCCCAAGGAAAUUUUGGAGGACCGCCGCCAACACAAGGAGGCUAUGGCGGAGGCCCUCCAUCUGGAGGAAGUUAUGGUGGUCCACCAUCUUCAAAUGGAAAUUAUGGUGGGCAAGGUGGUGGAUACAACAAAAGUGGUGGUGGAAGCUACGGGAGCAGUCGAUAUGAUGGUGGUGGCCGAGGUGACCGGUCCAGAGACUCCGAACUAGUCACACAGGAAGAUACAAUUUUUGUCUCUGGCAUGCCAGAUCAUGCCACAGAAGAUGACAUCAAGGAUCAUUUUGGAUCAAUUGGCAUUAUUAAGAUGGAUAGAAAGACACAGCGUCCCAAAAUAUGGAUGUAUAAAGAUAAAGCAACUGGAAGAAUGAAAGGAGAAUGUACAGUGACCUUUGAUGACCCAUACACUGCCAAGUCAGCUAUUCAGUGGUUUGAUGGCAAAGCAUUUAUGGGUAGUAAUAUCAAGGUACAAAUGGCAGAGCGUCCAAAGAGCAGUUAUGAACGGGGGCGUGGUGGUGGUGGUGGUGGUGGUGGUGGUUACGGAGGUUACGGAAGCAGUGAAGAUAGAGGCAGUCGUAACGAUAGGGGCAGCCGUGGAGAUGAUAGAGGUCGUGGAGAUGACAGAAGUGGUCGAGGAGAUGAUAGAGGUGGCCGUGGUCGAGGUGGUGACCGGGGCUACGAUAGACGUGGAGGCCCUGGAGGCCGAGAUGGCCCUGGUGGUGGUGGUGGUGGACGAG